CCCAAAUCAGUUUAUCAUCGAAAUUUUCCGGUGGCACAAUCCUUUGCAUCGCUCCGAUUUUUCAGUUACUCCUCCGACUCCUGAGAAAUAGGAAUAAACGAUCCGAAGCUUCAUUGUUUAUGCCUUAAGGUUUGUGUUGCUGCAACAAUCAUUUUUGUUGGGGGUUUACAGAAUUAAUUGAACUAGGUAGUCUUAUUCAUAUGAGAAUUCGUCUAUUGUAAUUGAUCAUCGAUGGUGUCUGUACAGUCUAAGAGUGUUUGGAUGAAAAGGCAGCAAUGCCCAUGUGGUGACUGGAAAUGUUUUGUAACAUAUGAGGGAAACACCGAAGAAGGUAGUGUUGGGCCUCAAUUAAUCAAAAAUGAUUUGGGACCAACCGAAACUAUGGUGUCUCCGUACGUUGGGAUGGUGUUUAAGAGUGACGACGAAGCGUUUGAGUAUUACGGGAGUUUUGCUAGGAAUAGUGGAUUUUCGAUCAGGAAAGAGAGGUCUAGGUUGAGUCCUCAAUUGGGUGUUUACAAGAGGGAUUUUGUUUGCUACAGGUCAGGCUUUGCGCCUCCUAGGAAGAAACAAGCUGGAGAACUUCAGAGGGAAAGGAAAUCUGUUAGGUGUGGUUGUGAUGCUAAAAUGUACUUGUCUAAAGAGGUUGUAGAGGGGGAUUCUCAGUGGUUCGUUGUACAAUUCAGUAACGUGCACAAUCACGAGCUUUUAGAGGAUGAUCAAGUUCGUCUGCUCCCAGCCUAUCGCAAAAUUCAUGAGGCAGACCAAGAACGGAUUCUUCUUCUUUCAAAAGCUGGUUUUCCGAUCAACCGAAUUGUCAAGGUGCUAGAGCUGGAAAAGGGGAUUCAGGGCGGACAGCUGUCAUUUUUGGAAAGAGAUGUCAGGAAUUUCAUCCAAAACCGCAAGAAAGUUGUACAAGAGAACGAUGCUUUAUUAACUGAGAAAAGAGAAAAUGACACCGUGGAUGUUCUUGCAGCCUGCCGGGCAAAUAAAGAGGCAGAUCCAUUUUUUGUCUAUGAUGUUGCUUUUGAUGAAAAUGAUAAAGUCGAGAAUGUUGCUUGGUCUUUUAGUGAUUCUAUUCAUGCCUACGACAUGUUUGGUGAUGUUGUUUACUUUGACUCGACAUAUAGUUCAAUGGUGUAUGGUAUGAUUUUUGGAGCAUGGUUUGGCAUUGACAACCAUGGAAAAGUUCUCUUCUUUGGUUGUGCAUUGAUGCAGGACGAGACCCCCCAGUCACUUGCUUGGUCUUUACAGGCUUUCCUCCGGUUCAUGAAAGGAAGAUAUCCGCAAACAAUUAUAACUGAUAUUGAUCCUGGUCUUAGAGAAGCCAUCAGAAAUGAAAUGCCAAAUACUAAGCAUGUCAUCUCCUUUCAUAAUAUCCUGCCCAGGAUGUCCUGCUGGUUCUCUCCCCCACUUGGGCCAAGGUUCUCUCGCUUUAAGUAUGAAUUUGAAGAGUUGUGCCAUGUAGAAACUACUGAUGAAUUUGAAUUUCGGUGGAAUCAGAUGGUUUCAAACUUUGAACUCAAUUCAGAUAAGCACAUAGUUUUACUUUUCUCUCUCCGCAUGUGUUGGUCUUUACCUUACAUUAGGGGUUGCUUUCUUGCUAGAAUGGAUUCUCCAUCAUACUGGAAAUCCUUAGAUGUGAUUUUGAAAGAAGUGAUUAAGACACAGACCUGUUUGCGUGGCCUGUCGGAACAGACAGGAUUAUUAUCAUCAAAUUAUAGACUGAAGUCACACGACCAGACACAGUAUAUGCAUCUCAAAACAUGCUUACCCAUCGAAGAAAAUGCACGCAGUGUUCUUACCCCUUUUGCAUUUGACCGUUUACAACAAGAAAUGGUGUUAACCUUGCAGUAUGCUGCAUCUGAAAUGGCUAAUGGUUCAUUUCUUGUACAACAUUUCAAGAAGGUCGACGGUGAGCGUCUUGUGAUAUGGAUACCAGAAGAUGAACAAAUCCACUGUUCCUGCAAGGAAUUUGAGUCCACUGGAAUUUUGUGCAGGCAUGCACUUCGUGUGCUGUUAUUUAAGAACCAUUUUCAGCUUCCAAGCAAAUAUCUUUUGAAUCGAUGGUGCCAAGAAAGCUCAUUAUUCUGUUACAAUGGAGAAAGUAACAUAAAAAUGAAGGAUGAGUGGUAUAACGAAUUCCAUUCUCUCACUGGGAAUUUGUUCUCUGAAGCAAUGCUGACAAAGGAGAGAUUUGAUUUUGUUCAUAGAGAACUUACUAAAGAGAUUGCAAGACUUACGAGUCAAGUGAGAGAUAUGCCUGCUGGGGAUGAAGGAGUUACAGGUGUCACUCUGUCACCGACCAAUGCAUUGUAAUGUCUCUUAUGUAGAAAGCAUAGCUGUUGUAAGCACCAGUGAGUAUUCUGUGAAAUUGUCUUCCACCUUGAUAACUGUGAUUCUCUGAGAACUGCAAGCACUUACGAAAAUAUUAUCAGAGAGAAAUAUGAUUGGGAGGGAUACUCAGAAAGUUGCCCUGAUCUGUGAUUGUCACUGUGCAUCAUAAUCGAGUGUUGAGAGUAGUGACAACAAAAAAGAAUGCCUAUCCAGAUCUGUCAUCUUUGUAGAUAAUGAGAGGUUUGUGGACUAUGAAUCUAUGAUGCUUAAGAUGGGCUAGAUUUUGCUUACUGCUGAACUAUCAGAAAUCACAGGUGCAGAUGCACGGUUGUGGUAUCUAGGUCUCUCUCCGCGUGUUCAAUUCCCAGGACGGCAAUAGACAGGUUCAAAUUUCUUCAAGAGCAUGCCCCCAUGCAGGGUUCUUGUGGUGUUGCACACUGUACGAACAAAUGGGAGACGAACAAUAACUGAAUGAGAGGCGACCCAUAUAAUUUAGGAGUAAGGUCGUUAUGAGAAGUACUGUGAAGUAUUCCGAGGACGAUAGAAGAAACCACUGGCAGGUCGCGGCCAUGGAAAUCCUCUCUGGAGGUGUGUGAUCACUUGUUUUUUCUUCUAAAAUAACGAUAGCCCUGAUUUACAACACAUUAAUUUUUUAUUUUGUAAAGUUUUUAAAAUUUAUCCACAUUUUAAUGUUGAAUACAAGCCUUAAUCAAUGAACUACAUCUCACAAGAA